GCAUGGAAGGCUGUGGGGAGACGGUCUGGGGGAACAGGAGGCAUCCUGGCCUGACUGCCCCAGAGGCCGAAGCAGGCGGUCCCUGUCGCUGGGGCAGGGAGCUCCGCGCGGCUGUAAUUAGUCACACUGGGAGGGGCCGGGUGACCUCACGCUGGCCUGGACUCUGCGGCCAUUUAACCGGUUUCCUUUUGCCGGGGAGGCCGCGCUGCUUCUCAAGUCCGCGAGGCAUUUCUGCAGCUGAUACAGUCAACUCCAGCCUGAAAUAGAGGGCUCACAUCGCCGGAGAAGAUGCGCGCCCUGAUUCCAGAGCCCCAGCUUGGAGACCUCAUUGAGAUUUUCCGCCCUUUCUACAGACAUUGGGCCAUUUACGUUGGCGACGGAUAUGUGGUCCACCUGGCUCCCCCAAGCGAAAUUGCGGGAGCUGGCGCGGCCAGCCUCAUGUCCGCGCUGACCGACAAGGCCCUGGUGAAGAAGGAACUGCUGUACGAGGUGGCAGGGCGAGACCGGUACCAGGUCAACAACAAGCAUGAUGGCAAGUACUCACCGCUGCCUCCCAGCAAAAUCGUCCAGCGGGCGGAGGAGCUGGUGGGCCAGGAGGUGCUCUACAAGCUGACCAGCGAGAACUGCGAGCACUUUGUCAACGAGCUGCGCUACGGGGUCGCCCGCAGCGACCAGGUCAGAGAUGCCAUCACGGCAGCUGGCAUCGCAGGAGUGGGCCUGGCUGCUGUGGGCCUCAUUGGCGUCAUGCUCUCCAGAAACAAGCGACAAAAGCAAUGAGUGGAAAGGGCUGUCCUGUCAGCCGUGACUUUAUACAUUAAGGGGGUCUUGUUUUGCUAGAGGGUUUGAGGUUUGGUUUGUAGCUUUCAUUCUGUUUUAUAAUGAGGCUUAUUUUCACCGAAUAAAAUAAAGCCCAAGAAGGGAGGAUUUUACUGGGAAAACUGCAGCAAGAACUGGCUGGAGUGAAGUCUGUUGCGGGUACAGCGAGGCUCUGUUCUCGGUGAUGACAGGUUGCGCUCUGGACCUUCGGAGAUUUUUCUCUCACCUUCUCUCUGUGGGCUGCGUUCUUUCCAUGUAGCAAACAGAGUCUAACUCCGGUUAUCUCAAGUCAUGGGCAUGUCUGGUUGUGAGGAUACAGGUGGGCAGCAAGGCAGACAGACAGACCUGAGUGAUAUACAAGAACAGGAACCAUCAGACAUCCGGCACCCUUGACCUGGACCUAGACCCAGGCUGGCUUCCAGGACCCAGCGGCUGGAGUCUGUGGCUGUUCAGUGGAGUUCAGACGGAACCAAAACAUUAGGAAAUCCUGCCCAUCUUGUUCGAAAUUCCCUCCCUCUCCUCUCCACAGCUUUCCUCUUCCUUAUCGUUUCCGUCCCACAGCCAUCUCGCAUCCUCUCCAUGUGGGCUUGUCACCACCCCCAACUCUGAUCCCACACUGCUCUUGCGGUUUAUCUUCCCACGUGUGAUCAAGGCCAUAUUCGUCUGUGAGGUGCUCCCAGGGCACGCGACUGAGAGAGAAUCUGAUUGGCUCAGCUCCCGGCACUUAGCUCAGCCUACCAGCUGAUUGGCUGCCACUGGGUCAGGUGGCCCCCACUAAGCCAAUCAGCUCUGCCCACUGGGGCCAGGUCACAUGGUACAAGGUUGCCUCAGACUUUAUGGGGUAGGGAGGUGGUGUGGCUGGUGCUUGACUGGUCUCCCGGUUACUGAGCCCUCACGGGGAGGGGUUGGGGGAGAAGGCACAACCAUUUAUUGUUGGUCCUUUGGCGUCUGCUGCUGUUGCUCGCUGGGCUUGUCAGGUGUUCAGAGUGACCAUUUCUCUGAAAUGGGUUGCUCAGAAAUACUUUGCUGGGGCUAGUGGUUCUUCCCUCCACAGGACAAGUCUUCUCCUCCAUCUGGUUGCAAAUGUUUCCUUCCUUAGCUCUGGCUCUCUGGCUUUCCUAGCUGUUGGAAUUCUGGACAGGACCUACAGAUGGCUCCUUGCCAGCUCCUUCUUGCUUGGCUCACAUCUGGUCCGGGAUAGACAUAUGCCUAUUCAUGCUCUAGUGUUGAUAUAAGAAUAGUUGUCUCCCAGCGUGGUUUUCUUUCUUUUUGUCUCAGCUCUAUUGAGGUAACAUCUCAUGCUCCCCCAAACCCAAGGGACACAGGCAAAACUUAAAGGGCGGGUCCUCUUAAAGUCCCUUUUCUCAGGUGGCAUAAGGUGAUGUGGACACGUGGAGUAUAAAUCUCCAAGCUAUCUGUGGAGAAAAAAGGAAUGAAGAAAAAUAAACACAAGAAAGCAAAACAAAAACACCCAGUUCAGCUGAAAAACAAACAUUAUGUACAAAAAAAUGAGAUGUAUAGAAAUAAUCCAAUAAGAUCAAAGAACUAAUUCCAAAUAUUUUGGUUAUGAGUAUAAAUAUAAAUGGACUAAACUCACCAAGUAAAAGACAAACAUUACACUGGAUUAGAAAACUCAUCCAGGGAAGAGUGUUUGCAGCAGGUACAACUGAAAUAAAAAGACACAAAAACUGAAGUUAAAAAUAUGGAGGUGUGUCCGUCAUGGUUCAGCGGAAAUGAAUCUCACUAGCAUCCUUGAGGAUGCAGGUUUGAUCCCUGGCCUUGCUCAGUGGGUGAAAAGAGCCAGCAUUGCCAGUGAGCUGUGGUGUAGGUCGCAGAUGUGGCUCAGAUCCCGUGUGGCUGUGGCUGUGGCCGGCAGCUACAGCUCCGAUUAGACCCCUAGCCUGGGAACUUCCAUAUGCCGUGGGCGCAGCCCUAAAAAGAAAAAAAAAAAAAAGUUUAAUGUCAUCAAGGAGAAAAAUUGAGGGCAUGGGUAAACUGUCCUAAACAUGAACUCUUCCAUGGGCCAGGGAUCGAACCCGCAACCUCAUAGUUCCUAGUCAGAUUCGCUUCUGCUGUGCCACGACGGCAACUCCAGGUGGUAAAUAUAUUGAGGUAUUGGGAGAAUGAGCAGCUGCCUAAAGGCGGCGUAGAAGCUCCUUGCAUCCCUCUGCCCCUGCGCCUUGCCCUGUGCAUCACUUCCAUUCAGUUGUUCCUGCGCUGUAUCUGUUAUAAUAAACCUGUAAACAUAA